ACUCCUGAGCAAAGAGCGAACGUCAUUCUCGAAUCUCGGCGAGUGAAUAGAGCUGAGUCCGUGAGGUUGUUUGGCAGGCAGUUUUCUGAGGUUGAUAGGGAACCUGCGGAUUGGAGAUAAGGCCUGAGCUAAUGAGCGAGGUAGAGUUGAGACACGGAAAAAUAUUUUCAAUCCCUCUAGAACAAUAUGGCUUCUUCUGAUUAUGGGUCCAAGAGGAUUGAACAAACACAGCGAGAGGUGGAUGAUGUCCUGGGAGUGAUGAGAAACAAUGUGGACAAGGUCCUGGAGAGAGAUGGAAAGCUGUCAGACUUGGACCAAAGAGCCGAGAACCUGCAAGUGGCCUCCAGUAGUUUUGCGACCAACUCGACCCGUUUGAAGAAGAAAUAUUGGUGGCAAAACCUCAAAAUGAAGCUCAUCAUUGGUGGUAUUGUGUUGCUCGUGGUGAUUAUCAUUUUUACUAUUAUCGUCGUCAAGACCACCAAAGGAGGCGGUUCCGAUGACCCCCCAGUGACAACGAUGAGUUCAGUUAAGCCUGUCGAAUAAAGUGACUCGCUAGGAAUUCCAGUCAUAUCUAUCUUAUCAACACUGAUGUCGAUCAACAGUUCCAACUCAUAUAAAAGUAAAUCUGUUUGUAACAAUUCGCAAUGCAACAAGAAUUUGGACCCAAUGAAUUCUUUAUUCAAUCUG